CCAGAUGGCUCCACUAUAUUGUGGAAUACUUUAUAUAGAUAAUAUGUCUGCUGUAAUAAUUCUACUCAGAGAUACAACAUUUGAUUAUACUUACAGCUAGAAACUGCUCUGUUGGCUCUGAUUGGUUUAUAAGUGGGGCUGUACAUCCCCAUACGGUAACAACACUUUACAAAACGCUGUAUAAUAGCCCUACAAGCGUACGCGAAUUUUUUCAUGCUUGAAAAUUUCCAUAAUCUUAUAAACAAGCCUCAUACUCAAUUUCUCUUUGUUUAUUCCUAUUUUUUUUUUCUUUAUUGCUCAUGCUAUUUGCAAGUUAUGCAUGUUAUUACGCGCACGUGAGCCUCUCAUGUGGCUGCGUCAGAUCGAGGCCGGUCCGAAAGUGACUUUUUUUCAAACAUGGCUGACCUUAGCGGGCAGGACAAUGAGCCGAGCGAACACAGUGCCUUGUUAGAUAUUGCAGUCGCAGAGAGUUCAAAUUACUAUUUCGAUGAAAUCGAUUACCGAAAUCAUCGGCAGUUGUAUAUUGGAGUCCAUCUCCCUCUUCAUUUGAGGAAUGACACGAACACGAGACGCGGGGCUGCCAGAAGCAAACAUGGUCAUGGGCACCGCCAUCGUCACCGCACCGGCAGCAGAAGACGGGACAGGAUACUCGAGGAAGGUCCUCCUCCUGAUCCCCACUCCAACCUUCCAUCUGAGAAGGUGCGAUUCAUUCUCGGGGAAGGAGACUUUGCGGAUCACCAGAUCUUUGGGGAACUAGAGGAAUAUCAAUGUGAGGAAGAUGGCAGUGGGGUAUGGAAGGAGACUGCACGUUGGGUGAAGUUUGAAGAGGAUGUGGAGGAGGUUGGAGACCGUUGGAGUAAGCCUCAUGUGGCUACGCUUUCCUUGUACAGUGUGUUUGAGCUCAGAAGUUGUAUCCUUCAUGGAACAAUGUUAUUGCACAUGAAUGCAAUAAACACAUCACAGAUAUUUGACUUGAUUCUUGAUGACCUUGUAAACUCUGGGCAACUUGAACAAGACUUAAGGGCACAAAUGAAAGAAGUUUUCCUGCAAAAGCACAAGCAUCAAAAUACCACCACAAAAUCUCACAAAAAAACCUCAUCAAAGUUUCACCUGGGGCAAGGUUUCUCCCGCAAGUCAUCAGCUCCCACUCUAGCCCCACCUGACAAGAACACAAUCAAGGAAGGGUCCAGGUCAGUGCCAUUCAACUUAUCCGCGUUACAAGAAGAAGAAGAGGAUUCAGACAGUGCUAACAGCUUUAGAGCAUUGCCAUCCGCUGUUGAUCUGGUAUCACAGGGCAGAGAGGGUGAUGGAAAAGCUGAAGAUGAAGAUACAAAUAACAAGGAGCAGACAUAUGAUUAUACCUUCAUGAAAAAGCUACCCACUGGCGCUGAAGCAUCCAUUGCUAUGGUGGGAGAAUUGGAAUUUCUCAAGAAACCAAUCAAUGCAUUUGUACGCCUGGAGACCGGUCAAGUAUUUGGUGAUAUGACAGAAGUGCCUAUUCCUACCAGGUUUAUCUUUAUCAUGAUGGGACCCCCAAGCACACCAGGGCGCUACCAUGAAGUUGGACGAGCAAUGGCUACUCUUAUGUCCGAUGAGAUUUUUCAUGAAGUUGCCUACAAAGCUCAAUGCAGAGAAGACAUCUUAGCUGCAAUAGAUGAGUUUUUAAUGCAGGUAACUGUGCUUCCCCCAGGUGAAUGGGAUCCCAACAUCCGUAUAGAGCCGCCUAGCACUGUGCCCAACCAGGAGAAGCGUCUCGAUCGUACAGCUAAUGGGGGAGAAAGGAAACAUGACGAUCUUGGGGAGGAACAUGACCCUGCUGGGGACAGGGAGGAGGCCCUUAGGAGAACUGGCAGGUGGUUUGGAGGACUCAUAGCAGAUAUGAAGCGAUACAGGAAACGGUUGUGGCCAGGGGAUCUCAGAGAUGUCCUCAGUCUCCAAUCCAUUGCGUCUGUCAUCUUCAUCUACAUUGCUUGCUUGACCCCUAUCAUCACAUUUGGGGGUCUGAUGAGCACCAAGACAGGGCACAUGAUGGGUGCAAUGGAACAGAUGCUUGGAGGAGCAAUUGGUGGCAUCCUGUUUGCUUUAUUCAGUGGACAGCCCUUGAUUAUUCUAGGAGCAACAGGUCCUAUGUUAGUUUUUGAGGAGAUUGUUUAUACCUUCUGCGAGAGGGUCGGCCUGGAGUACCUCUCCUUCCGUCUCUGGAUUGGCAUAUGGACAAUGUUAUUCUGCCUAAUCCUUGUUGUCACUGAUGCAAGUGCAAUGAUUUGUUACUUCACCCGUUUCACUGAGGAGACAUUUGCUACCUUGAUUGCCAUUAUUUACAUCUAUGAGGGGUUUAAGAAACUUUUUCAUAUCUUGGAUGAUUAUCCGAUUCAUAUAGGCUACAUAGAACAUCAUGAGUGUUUCUGUAUCAAACCUGAGACAGUCAUGACUAAUGUAUCCUUUCCAAAUGGUUCAUUUGUCCUGAAAGAAGUGGAAAACCUGACUAAGCUGUGGGUACCAAUACCAGACUGCGUCCGAGCAGGUGGGGAGCUGCGUGGUGAUGGUUGCAGUGAAAAUGUAUUUCUUCUCUCCGUCAUGCUCUGCUUUGGAACAUUUGUUCUUGCUAUCACCUUGAAGAAUUUCCAUUCCUCCUCCUACUUCCCAUCAAAGGUCCGUGCCAAGAUUUCAGACUUUGCAGUCCUGAUCUCUAUUAUGGUUGCCGUUGGCUUGGACUAUGCCAUAGGAGUCGACACGCCCAAACUUAUGAUCCCCUUGUCAUUUCAACCGACUGCUGCUCACAAGCGUAGCUGGAUCGUACCGCCUCUCGGUAAUAACCCUGGGUGGACCAUUCCUGCUGCUGCCAUCCCUGCUAUCCUUGCCACCAUCCUCGUGUUCAUGGAUCAGCAGAUCACUGCUUUGAUUGUCAACAGACGUGAACACAAGCUCAAGAAAGGUGCUGGCUACCAUCUUGAUCUGCUUGUUGUUGCUAUCAUUGUUGGGAUCUGCUCUAUCCUUGGCCUUCCCUGGGUUGUUGCAGCCACUGUGCUCUCUGUAUCACAUGUGCAGAGCUUGUUUGUGGAGUCUGAAGUCACGGCUCCUGGAGAGAAAACAAAGUUUCUGGGAGUAAGAGAGCAAAGAGUGACAGGCUUCAUCAUCUUCUUACUUAUUGGACUCAGCGUGCUGAUGACUCCAAUUUUGAAGCACAUCCCUAUGCCAGUGUUAUACGGACUGUUCUUAUACAUGGGUUUCUCUGCUCUCAAAGGCCUUCAGUUUUUUGAGCGCCUGAAGAUAGUGUUUAUGCCAGUGAAGCAUCAGCCAGACUUGAUGUACCUACGCUUGAUCCAGAUCACCCGAGUACACUUGUUUACUCUGAUCCAAGUCAUCUGCUUGGCUUUGCUCUGGGUAAUCAAGUCUACGGCUGCUGGUCUUGUUUUUCCCAUCAUGGUUGCUCUGCUAGUCCCAGUCAGGAAAGGUCUGGAGAAGGUGUUUACCAAACAGGAGCUUGAAGUACUGGACGAUCUGAUGCCUGAGACGAUCAAGAAGAAGAAGCUUGCCACAUCAAUGGCAGACAUGAUUGAUGGACCAGUUGACCAGGACGAGGAAGACGAUGGCAACCCGCCGCAACCGCCCGAGAAGAAUGGCGACACGCCGGCCAAUGGCUCGAUCACCGUGGAUAUACCGAUCAACAUCACCGAUGAGAUGACCAAGAGCUCUCUCUGGAAAUCCUUUGUCAAGGACGGUGCGGUCAAAACUAAGGAUAAGGAGAGAAAACACAGCCACUCAAAACACAACAAACAUAGGCACAAACAUGGUGGACAUGGUGGACAUGGAAGGCACAAGCGCAGAGAGUCCGACAAGGAAGACAAGGACGACGAUGACCAGGACAAUGGACUUUGGUUGAAAAAAGAUCGGAAGCAUCUCGACACUGACGACGAUGCACCAAUUCAGCUCCGAAGGUUGGACACGAUUGACGAAACCCCAGUUGUCGACCCAAAGGAGGCGGUCAUUGAUAUCCCCGAUAUAACGGUAUCAAGCUCCAACGAUUUUGAUGCUAGCGACGAUAAAAAGGAGGUGUAAAGGACGUUACCGGUGAUCGAUGGCCUAGGGAAGGUUUUCUACUACUGAAAGCCCAUUAGUAUGGAAAUAUUAGAAUAUCGAAGUCUUCACAAGGCACACAAGCUCUUCUGGAAUUUUCACUUUUGAGGAGACUUAUUAACGUUGCCUGACGUGGGUGUUACAAGUUACGAUAUUUUGAUCUGUGUUCUAAGCACAGUUCUGCAGACAGUUUAUCAGGGGAAAAAAAUCAAACCGCGGUUACCCGUUUGCCUUUUGACGUUCUGGCGAAAAACAUAGUUUAGCACAUUUGGCGGGAAAUGUGGCAUUUGGUGGAAUAAAGUGCAAAACAGGUGCUUGACUUCAACCGAGCCAAAAGUAAUAGUAAUUGUGCAAAUUGUCAAGGAAAAUAUAUUAUUUCAAGAGUCAAAUGAUUAAAAACACUAAUUCAUGGUCUCUCAAACGUGAGCUCAUAGAAAAUUUGAGGGGAAAACUGCUGAGAUAAAUCACUUACCGCUAGAUGGUGCUCCUGAGGUAAAAACGAAAACCGCAGAUUGCAAACUUGACCGCAAAUCCUUGUCACAUGACACUCAGAGGUUUGACGUUUGAGGUUUCCGAGAAAAUACGCGAUGCUAAAUGUCUCUAUUAUUGGUAGUUCUAUUGCUUGAAAAACGUCGUUUGUGUCUGAACCUUUUACAACACGUAGUAGAGUCGUGCUUGUAUUCUGCGGCGUAGCCAGGAUUUUUGACAGGGGGGUCCCAAAAUGCAUUUCCCCUGUAUUUUAGAUAAUUUCUCAUAUAUUUACUGUAUUUUUGGCUGCUAGAAGGACCCCAUGCCCCCCCCCCCCCCCUGCGUACGCCCUUGGUACUUAUCUCCUAUCUGAACUCAGUAAUUCUUAUUUCAUUGCUUAUCGCAUGCCAGGAUAAUCUGCCUUAUACUCAGUAAUUUAAACCAUCAUGUUUAAAUAAUCAAUGAAUGUUCGAUUCCAGAAAAUAUCCAUCCCACACCUUUAUAUAUUUUCACCUUUUUGGCACACCACCUCUUGAUUGCUUUGCAUUACAUUGCGCUUCAUUGUAAUACUACAUACUCAGAAAAUCACACUUGCUUAUCGUUACCAAUUUUAUUUUUCUACUAAAUUCGUGUAUAAAUAAUUAUUGUACAAUAUAUUGAUAUAGGCCUGCUGGGAAAUUUCUUUUUUUGUGAAAAAAGAAAAAUAGUGUUAGCUUGUGCAUAAAGAAAUAGUGUUAGUCUGUGAAAAGGGACAGCAAUACAUUUAUCAGAGAUUUUCUAAAAGUAUUAAGCAAGCUUCGUAUUAUUUAUAUUCUGCUACCGUAGUCAAGGCAAUGGUUGUCAGGUAUCAUGUCUUGGGCUGUGUGAAAAACGCUUGGAUUUUAAAUAAAAUAAAAUAUAAAAGAA